AAAACAUAAAAAUAAAUGAGAGUUUAAAAUGUUUUUGGGACUGCAAAAUUUUAUCUUGGCAUUAUAAGAAGACGGACGAUUUAAAAUGAAGCAAAAUAUAUUGUCUAACCGAUAGGUAUAGCAACCGAUGAACAAUUGAAAACUAUAAAUUACAAUUGAUUUUACCUUUAAAUAUCGAUUUUUAUAGGAAUUUCCUUUCUUUUGAAAUCACCACCGUUUACUAUAGUUUGAAAAAGUUGGCACCCAUCCCCCGGUCCAAUUCUUUAUCCCCUUACUAUAAUUGUCUUUUCGACUCUUUCUCCUAUCACUUCUUUUUGUUCAGAUUAAGGUUUAAUAUACUCACCACAUAGGUAGGAACAAGAGAGAUACCGAUCUUAAUAAAAACCUAUCAGAAUGGUUAGCGUUUUCAACGUACAAAUUUUCUUUGUCGUCUUCAGAGAAUCUUUAGAAGCAGCCAUUGUUGUUUCAGUUCUUUUAGCCUUUUUAAAACAAGGGUUAGGAGCAGCUACGGAUGAUCCAGUGGUUUAUAAAAAGUUACGAAAACAAGUUUGGCUUGGUUCGAUUAUAGGGGUAUUAAUUUGUAUCAUUAUUGGUGCUGGUUUCAUUGGUGCAUUUUAUUCUUUAAAAAAUGAUAUUUGGGCAAGUUCUGAAGAUUUAUGGGAAGGUAUCUUUUGUAUAAUUGCUACUGUCUUGAUUACUUUAAUGGGUUUAGCUAUGUUAAGAGUUAACAAAAUGAAAGAAAAAUGGAGAGUUAAAUUAGCAAAAGCUUUAAUUAAAGAACCAACUACUAAAUUUGGUAGAUUUAAAUUAGGUUAUUUAACUAAAAAAUAUGCCAUGUUUAUUUUACCAUUUAUUACUUGUCUUAGAGAAGGUUUAGAAGCUGUUGUCUUCGUUGGUGGUGUUGGUUUAAGUCAGCCUGCUAGUUCCUUUCCAAUUCCAGUUAUUGUUGGUUUGAUUUGUGGUGUUGGUGUUGGUGCCCUUUUAUAUUAUUUUGGUGCUAGUUCAUCACUUCAAAUUUUCUUGAUUAUUUCAACAUGUAUUUUAUACUUGAUUGCUGCUGGUUUAUUUUCAAGAGGUAUCUGGUAUUUCGAAACUUAUGUCUAUAAUAAAAAGACUGGUGGUGAUGCAUCAGAAAAUGGUUCUGGUCCCGGUACUUAUGAUAUUUCAAAAUCUGUUUGGCAUGUAAAUUGUUGUAAUCCAGAAAUUGAUCAUGGUUGGGAUAUCUUCAAUGCCUUAUUUGGAUGGCAAAAUUCUGCCACUUAUGGUUCUGUCAUCUCUUAUAACAUUUACUGGCUUUUCAUUAUUGCUGUUAUUGCAUUAAUGUUGUAUGAAGAAAAACAUGGUCAUUUACCAUUCAUGAAGAAUUUGAAAUUAAAAGAAUUAAAUCCAAUGUACCAUAUUAAAGGUAAGAAAAAUCAAGAAACUGCUUUAACUAGUGAAGAAAAAGAACGUUUAUUUACCGAAAUCAAAAACAAUCAAGUCAAGUCUGUGACAGAAGAAGAUGAUGAAUUAUCAGCUCUUCAUUCUAAAGAAGAUGAAACUAGAAAGAAUUAAAUUUGAAUACCUAAUUUCUUAACUCAAAUCUUACACACACACACACACACAUUCAAGAUUUGAGUAAGUUUUAUAUUUCAACUUUUCUUCUUUUUAAUUUUUUUUUUUCAAAUAAGAGAUAUAUAUUGGGUCCAAACAAUAUUUUAUUUAUAGAGUCGAGUCGUUUAAUUUUUAGGGGAAAUUUUCAAACAGGGGGAUAAUUUUUUAUAUAUUAAUUAAAUGUAUGGGGUCAUAAAUUCAAUUUGAAAGCUGUAGUUUACAUUAAAAUUUAACUGUUGAUCAAACUAAGGGAUUGUAAAAUUAGAUUAAACAGUUCGAUAGUGCAAAUUUUUCAAAAACAAAUUAAAAACUGGUAGCGUUUAUAUAUUUCGGUUUGACUCCACAAAGCGAGCAUUUUUAAGAAUAUAUACACUUGGUUGUAUAGUGUAGUGGUUAUCACUUUCGGUUUUGAUCCGAACA